AUGAGGACCUCAGGGAUAUCUCUUGGCUUCUUCAAUGCUCCAGUUUUCUGUCUCUUCUGGCUAACAAAGCAUGCAGUGGACUCAGCCGAGCUGUCAGCUCCAGAGGUGGUAACAGGAGUGAUAGGAGGAUCUGUGACAGUCCAUUGCCAGUAUGACCGUCAGUUCAGAAACUACACAAAGUACUGGUGCAAAGGACAGAUAUAUGAGCUGUGUGAAAUAGUGGUGAAGACACCCAAGAUGCGAAAUAGUGAAAGACACUCCAUUGCAGAUGACAAGGAGGCAGGAGUCUUUACUGUGACUAUGACUUCUCUCAGGGAGAGUGAUAAAGAUAAGUACUGGUGUGUCAUCGCCAGACAUGGAAGGAACACCCACACUGGCGUCAGGCUGCGCAUCUCUGAGUCUGACACAGUGAUAACAACAACCGCUGCCACCACAACAGCCAAAACACCUGAAGAAGAUGAAGUAAGUUGGUGGGCGACUCUACGUUGGAUCCUCUUUAUUUUAAUGUUAUGUUGUUUGGUGUCGACACACGUCAUUGUGUGGAGGAUAAAGGCUGCAGGGAAAACACAGCUGCAACAUGAAGUUCAAUAUCAGAACACAAAUAUCUAUGCUUGAAAGUCAUGGGUGAAUUAUAAACUUAUUCAUGCAUCAGCUACAAAACUAUUCCUCCAGUGGAAAUUCUAUCAGUGUGUGAAUUAAACAAAGAACCGAACCAAGUGGAAAAAGUGGCUUUCAGGCUCUUUUUCCUUUGGUAUCUGAAUGAUUAAAACCUAAUUAAUUUCAGUGGCAGGGCCUGAGAUAACUUUGGGUCCAAAUUUAAAAUAUCCAAUCAUGUUAAAAUUAGCACCUCUGGAGGAGUGAGGGUUUGGGGUUUUAUUUAAUUUAUUUGCAGAGCUUAUAAGGACCAUCAUAGAGGUUGAUAUUCUUUUAGGUUUAACCUUCAGUUUCACACAUAAAUGUCUUGAAUGUUAUAAAUGUCAACUCUUGUUUUGUCCUGGAUUUAAAAGACAAAGCACGGACAAAUAAGGAAGUUGA